AUGGCGCCCAACGUGGGGUACCAUGUUUCUUGGUGUGCCUCCCAAAUUGAAAAGAUUCAGAAAGAUGAAGACAAAGAGGAUGAGAAGUUCAUCGACGUGGUCAUCAACAAGAACAUGAAACUGGGACAGAAGAUUUUGAUUCCUGUAAAACAGUUUCCAAAAUUUAAUUUUGUGGGUAAACUCCUGGGCCCUCGAGGGAACUCAUUAAAGAGACUACAAGAGGACACGCUGACCAAGAUGUCCAUCCUCGGCAAGGGAUCCAUGAGAGACAAAGAAAAGGAAGAAGAACUGCGAAAGAGCGGAGAGGCAAAGUAUAAUCACCUUAACGAAGAUCUCCACGUGCUGAUUGAGGUGUUCGCUCCCCCAGCCGAAGCGUAUGCGAGAAUGGGUCACGCUCUGGAGGAGAUCAAAAAAUUCCUAAUCCCGGACUAUAAUGAUGAGAUCAGACAGGCUCAGCUACAGGAGCUGACAUAUCUGAACGGCGGCUCAGAGGACGCCAAAGUCCCGGCUGCGAGAGGCAAAACUAGCACACGAGCCAGAGGAACACCAGCGCCGGGGCCGCACAGGAGUAGAGGUGGUGUUCCUCCGCCUCAGGCUGCAGUUCCCCGGGGGGUGGCGCCCAGAGGAGCUCCGCCCAGCAGGGUCCCGUCCAGCAGAGGGAGGGGGGUUCCCUCACCGAGAGCACGAGGAGCUCCGCCCCCACCUGGGUACAGACCUCCUCCUCCAACCGUGCAGGAGACCUACGGUGAAUACAGCUCUCUCCAGAACACCGCUUACCUGAGCUCCGGCCAACAGCGCUCUGAUAGACUCACCACUGAGACCCCAGCUGGCAGCUUGAAUAAAGAUCCAUACUCUCACGGGCCACGGAUCGCGGCCGCAAUGUCAAUCGCGUACUCAAAAUUAGAGCGUGCGCAGGAAUACGAUGAUGGAUAUGGAACGGCCUACGAUGACCAGGGAUAUGACUCGUAUGACAACAACUACAGCAAUCAGGCGCUGAAGCCCGGAGGAAUGGGCAAACAACCGCAACAAGGCGCCACCAGCAAGGACAAGCAAAGGAGCGUACAGAGAGAAGCCGUAUUCCCGGUUCUGACCAGCUACAGUCCUUCGUGUGCCCUCCCAAGUCACGAUAGCCGAGCCUGA